UCCGUCCCACGCGGCGUGCGCUCUGCUGUCAGCCGCCCGCCAGGCAGCGCAUCCGAACGAACGAACAACCCGCACCAUUCAAAACACGCGUCCGUGUUUACGAACGCAGCCUUCUAUUUUGGAAAAUUCAAAUUUGGAAUAAUAAUUUUUUUGAGUGCAGUGACGAUUUGAAUUUGGAUUGUCGAACGAUUUUCAGAGGUCGUCCGAGACUACGAUUACUCGCUUCUGUGCUAUAUGGACUGCUAAUUGUAUUUGAGACAAGAAAACAACGAUAUGGCUGAGAACGGAUAUGGGGCCGGCCCUGUCGCCGGACACGUCGGUAGGAUACCAAACUUCGGAAAAACUCAGGUCAAUCCGAUGGGAGCUGAGCCACCAGCUUGCAUCCAGAAUGCUAUGAUGACAAAAGAUAAGAAGCCUUUCACGUAUACUCCAGGUGGUCUUGAUCUAUCACAAAUACGCACGCCGAGUAUGGCAAGAAGGAUGGCAAGGCAACGUUCACUUGAAGAACAGGAACAAGCAUAUGGGCAACAAAACAAUGGCCCCAAAUAUAAUCCUCAAGGAGGCCCUGCACCACCACCUCCACCACCUCAAAUGCCACUACCGCCCCCUCCUCCUCCUCCCAUAGUUAUUCAGGUCCCCGAUUCGAAAGCUCACAAACCCAUAGCACCUGGUGAAAGACCUGAAAUAGUAAUCCCUGAGAAUCCUAUUGGAAUGCUAAGAAAAACGAAUAGUCCGUACCAUUGGGAGGCUGAAAAGGCAGAACAGGACCGCAUGGGCCCAGUUCCGAAGUUUACAGAAAAGGUUCCGAGUCCUUUAACUGUAAAAAUGCCGCCAGCUACAUUUACACAGCAGCCUCAGAAUUAUUCACCACAACAAAAUCAGCGGCAAAAUUAUCCCUAUCAAAAUAAUCAGACUCCGGAAAGUCCACUACAUAGACCAGCGGCACAAUAUGCGCAGCCACAAUCACCUUCUAUUGUUAAUGGAUCAACACCAACUAGAGAAAUUUUACAGAGGCAAGACUCACAAUUUAAUAAGAGUCCUCAGCCCUUUUCAGGGCAGUCACCAGUCAGUAAUGGUGCUCCAUAUUCGCCUUCUCCUAAUAAUAAUUGGAAACAACCAGAACGGAGAGACUCUCCAGCAAAUAAUAUAAAUUACAGUCCACAGCCAUUAUCGUCAAAUCGCGGUCCUUUUUCUCCAAAUACACAACAAUAUUCACCUAGUUACCAGAACCAGCCAUCAUUUAACAAUCCUACCCCUGUUUAUAAUACACUUCCUAGAGCUAAUCAAAGGGGUCCAGAUAGUUACGUAAAUAAUUUGCAAAACAAUAAUGCCAUCUAUAACAAUACUAGGGAAGACAGUCCUAAAGUCGAUCCUUCAAAUCCUGCACCAUGGCGAACAAGUACUCUCAACAGGAAUCCGAGAGAAGCAGAUGACUUACAAGCAAUCUAUCAUAAUAGUAAAAAUAUUAAUCAACAGCCCACGUACAGUCCGCCAUGGAAAUCUAACGAAGCUACAAUUACUAAUAAUAAUAACACUUACAUUCCUGCUUGGAAGCAAGAUAAUAAAAUCUCUGGAAAUCAAGUCGACAAUCAACAAUAUAGUCCUCCCUGGGUACAAGAUUCUAAUAAUAAUAAAGUACCACAAGAGAAUUAUGCUCCAUGGAGGACGCAGGAGAAUGACAACAGAACAGGUCCUGGAUUUUCGCCUAAACAAAAUCAACAGGAACCAAGGUAUCAAUCAACUAUGUCUAUCCCAGUAACGCCAAGGAAACAAAAUCCUCAACCCGAGUAUAACAACAACCCUGCUCCACAUAAAGAAGCAGUGUAUGUGAAUCAAGAACCAGUAUAUUUCUGUCCUGAAAGUCCGAAAUCAAUACCACCUUGGGUCAAAUCACAAAAAGAGAAAACAAAGACACCCCCACCAGCUUGGUGUCAAAGACCUUUGGAGGGAAGGAGAAGCGUCCCGAGAGAAUUGGUCACUCCUCCUAGGGAAACUACUAAUCAAGAACCAGAGUGGGUAAAGAAAAGCAAUGAGAUGCAGAGAGGAAUGCGUGAAGUGAUCAGUCCGCCUAAAUACCAGCAACCAGCACAACCAACAUGGUCGACAUUACCGUCUGAAAACCGUAAAAGCGUCCCUCGAGACAAUGCUCCCAACGCUCAAGGGAGAAUUAUUCCAAUACAAAUGGAAGGAUCAAAUACCGGUUUAAGGGACCAAGGAAAGCAGCAACCACAUUUGAGAAUUGUUGUUGACAUGCAGCAAAAUCCAAAUACUCAGGGUUACGUAAACAAUGGUCCAACAUAUUCGCAACCUACACAGCGUAUCAUGAGAGUCUUAUCACCGCAGCUGGUGAGAUUAGACGACGGGCCAUCUCAGCACGACCUGCCAACUUUAAAUAGGAGUUUCCAAAACAACCAGGAUACUCAACCAAAGACACGGAUAAUUCCGAUACAGAUUGAAGAUGGUGGUAACAGCGGGGCAAACAAAAGUUCCAGAGUAUAUUACCACAAGUUUACGCAAGAAGGGCCGCCUCGACAAUCCAAGGCGUUCAAAGUUCUGCAGAUCAUCACAGGCACUCAGGACGCGGAUAGUAUACAAAAUAUGGAAAAAAGCCACGGUUACACCGACCUAUAGUAUUAAAUUUUACACAAAAUUAUUUUUUUAUUUUUAUAUUGCACUUAUAACUACAUCUAAUUUGGAUAAUUUGUUUAUAUAUAUUUUAUGUCUAAAUAUAUACUAUUAACAAAUUAAGUAAGGUACUUAAAGUGUAAAUUUUAAUAAUACUAACUAACGAUAUGUAACUUAUAAUAAAAUUAAGUAUUUUAUAUUGUAUAUAUUUUAUAUAAAUACAUUAUAUUGUUAAAUAUAUAAUUUAUAUAUUCUAUAUACAUAGAUAAAACUAAUAUAUUAAUACACAUAUAUCAAUAUAAUAUAUACAAUAAAAUGUAGAUGUUAUUAUAAGUGCAUUUUUAAAUUAAUAAAUUACACAUUACGAAAUGGUGCGAUUUAUUAACGCGAUGUUAAAUACGAUAAUUUUAAAUAUAUAUAUUUUUAUAAAAUCUACGAUAUCUUUAUUAACAGAUAUAUAUAUAUGAUGUACUUAUUAUUAAUGGUUAAUAAUAAAUUGUAUAUAUUAUAAAACGAAAUAUUAAAUAUUUAUCUAGCGAAAGUUUAUUCAUGCUUUUAUUAAGUACAUGAUUAUACUAAUGCUCACAGAAAACAGCUAGCUUACCAAAGAAUAUUAUAGGAUUUCAUUAAUUUAUUGUUAGAUAGCUAAUAUAUAAUUUUAUUAUUAAAUGUAAUAAUAUAUAAGACGACUCUAAUGAUAAUAUCGGCCUUUUAAUAAUAAUCAGGUAGGUACAUACGUAAAUAUUAGGUAGCUACUUAUAACUCUCCUGUCAAAGGUGUUUAAUUUAAGCAUAGGUAGUGAUAAAUUUAUAGGUAAAUUCGAAGAGGUUACCGAUACAAUAAUUAUAAUAAAUAUGUGGUAUAUACGUCGAUAGAUACGAUUUUAUUUCUACUAACAACGUCAUCAUUUAGAACGAGACGUAAAUAUUCGUUCCUUAUAUUUAUGUAAUGUGUUAUCUAAUAUCUAUACCGUAACAAUAUCGUUAGCUUUUAUGACAAACGUUUACAUAUUAUUAUUAUUUGCAUAUUAUCUCUACACGCCGUGUAAAUGAAAGGGUAUAAAAAAAUCCAAAUUCAGCGAUAGUAUUUUCGUUUCUGAAUUAUUUUCCUCGAGGGAAACCCAAAUAUGAGACAAAUUUUUGAUCCUUCUAUUGAAAACUCAAAAUUAUAUAUCCAUGGAUUUUGAUAUCCUUUCUAUUAUAUUUCCAUUAAUAAAAUGCUUCUUAUUAACCAUAAAUCAAUAUAUAAAUAGUAUAUAAAAUAUAUUUAUGUAUUGUAUUGUUUGGAAUAGAUUAACAUAACCCAAAAUUGGAAACUAACAGAAUAACAAACCCUCUCCCCCUCCUCAGCGAUAAAGGCAUUUGAAAUGUUCCCAAAUAUGGUUUUAUUUAUAAUUAACAAAAUUUUUGAUGUUGUUAUAUUCUUGCAGUGAUAUUUUUUGUUCUUUAUAUUAAUGUAUCGUUUUGAAGUCCAUAUAUUGAAUAUAAAAGAGAAAUAACUAAAUACAAAGACUGUUAUCAUUAUAAAAGUACAAUAUGUAUGUUAUGUAUGUAUUUCACAUAAUCACUUAAGUUUAAUUGUAGAGUUAUUUAUGCAAGCUUCUACGACAUAGAUGGUAAAAACCCAUGUAUCAUGUAAUUGAUCCAUUUAUAUAUAUUUAUAAUGUGAACAAAAAAUAGUCACUGCAGGUAGUAACCAUCGUGAAAACAGACAAGGGGUGUGGCAAUCUAGUCAGUGUGAUCUUUUAUAAGUAUCUAUAUAAGUAUUAUUUCUUAUUUUACGAUAUUUUAUGUUAUAGUAGAAUUAUAUUUUAGUUUAUUCAUAAAAAUAUAGAAUUAAGUGAUAUAUUAAUUUUGUAAUAAAAUCCAAUUGGAAUUGUA